GUUCUCGUAAGUUGUCUUACUACCCCUCCUUCUCGACGACAGCCCCGCACUCCUGGAAAGUUCUACACCGAGUCGAGUCGCUCGGUCCGGACACGCCUCAAUCAAAAAAACAUCUACUUGCCAGGUGAGGUACGCGUUAUAUUCGGAUUCAAUCUUCGCGGUCAACUUCCAAUUUCGGUAUCGAUGCAACUUUAGUGAUGAUCUUAUUCCCACAAAUCCAGAGAUUGCCAGCGAUGGGUGCCUUCCUGAUCAGCUCGUUCUUUUGCGUGCUUCUUGUCUCUUUUGCCAUGAUCCUGUGGCCUGUACGCCUCUGGGCCAGCUUCCCACGAUUGAAGGCAGCACGGCUCAAGCACCGAGGGAGAUACUACGCGCUGUCCCAAUCUCUGAUAAUAACUAUUGCCGAUCAGCAGCUUGUCAUCGGCAUAGCAAUGCUGGUUGCCGGUAUCCAACACCACUAUGAAGAGGACUCCACAUUCAACCAUCGUUACCUUGUCAUCCAGCUCGCCGCACAGUGCAACAUUGGUUUCGUCGGCGCGCUCGAGUUGGAAGGACGUCCGCUCGAGGAGGAGGGGCACGGCCCAGGAUCAAAUUCGACGCAGUAUUCCACCAGACUUAAUUGGGCGCGUAUCGCACUUUCGACACCACAUUAUACUCGAGACGAUAUACUUGUUCGGUGUAACUCUUUCCAGCUGCACCUACUGGGACGAUACCGAUAGCAAGCGCUGCUACUAGUACUUUAUCUCCAUCAACAUAUUGUUCUGCUAUGCGAGGCUAGCAUUAUUCGUCGUGUGGGUAUGGGGUGACUAUCUUAUCGCCAUACAGACGCUCGAUCGAUGUGCACGACUUUCUUCAAGCCG